AUGGCCCAAGUUCUCACCAUCGCAAGCGGCACCCAGGUGCCAGCUGUGAACUUCCACGCCCAACGAUAUUUUGUUGAUGACCUCGAGGCCAACGAGGUUAUCAUCAAAAUGCUCGCAGCCCCAAUCAACCCCCUUGACAUCCUCGUGCUCGCAGGCGUCUACCCGGUUAAGCCAUCCCACACCCACCUCGACGAGCCCAUCCUUGGCUACGACGGCGUGGGCGAGGUCCUCAAGGUCGGAAGAAGCGUCACCAGUCUCUCUCUCGGCGAUCUCGUUGUGCCGAGCAAGUUCGGGACGGGCACUUGGCGCACCCAUGCUGUGCUCGACGCUGCGUCACUCCAGAAGGUUACACGUCCUACGGACCUGGCUUUCGCAUCUAUCCUCCGCAUUGGGAUUGCCCCUGCAUUCUGCCUCGUGGAGGACAUGAGAGCCUUGAAACCGGGUGACUACAUCAUCCAGAAUGCCGGAACCUCCCUCCUGGCUCAGUUCGUCAUCCAGUUCGCACGCCGCCGAGGCGCUAACGUCAUCAAUGUUGUCCGGGACCGUGAGGCUUACGAGCUGGAGAAAGUUGAGACGGCUCUCCAUAAGCUCGGGGCUGAAAUUGUCAUCAUGGAGAGUGCCCUCGCCGGUGAUGCCCGCGUUAAAAAUAAGCGCAUCACCCUCGCUCUGGACUCGGUCUUCGGGGCCUCCGGACGCGGGCUAGUCAAGGCUCUUGCCGUGGGCGGGACGUACGUGCAUCUGGGCUUCCUGAGUGGGGCGGCAGGGGGUUCUGUCGCGAUUGAUCGCACGGAUCUGUUUGCGCGGCAGCUGACGAUGAAGGGGUUCCGUGGGACAGCGCAGGUGGGGCUGCGCUCUGCUGAAGAGCAGGUCGACCUGUUCAACUGGUUCGUGGAGCUGUUCAACAGCGGAGAGUUGCAGCUGCCCGCUCUUGGCUUACAGAAGGUGAAGUGGUCUGUUGGUGACCCGAAGGGGAGCAAGGGGGGGCUUCUCGAGGCUGUGGAGCGCGCCAAGAGCGGUGCUCUGGGGCAGAGAAAGCAGAUCAUUCUCUUCGAGUAG